CAGAAACUCAAAAGACGAAACAGAACACAGCUCACAGCUGGGCUCCAGUGCUCGCCCAGCCUGGAGGGCCUGCUCCCCAUCAGCCACUCUGAGCUCUGGGUCCAGAGGGGCAGUGAGGGGAACCCCUGCACAGGCCCUCCUGGGGUUAGGAGGGGGUUGUCCAGGGAGAGGUCUGAGGUCAGGCAGGGGGCUCUCUCUCUCACACACACACACACGCACGCACACACACACACUUGUGUACCCAUGGGGAGCCGCCCGACCCCUGGGCUCCAGAGAACCACAUCAGCUGGGUACCGACUGCCCUCCAUCAGGCCACCAGCCUCAGUCUCCCCCACUGCCCGCGGUGGCCCCGUGGCAGGAAGGGGUCUUGCUGGUGGCCGCCAGGCCCCCCAGGACCUGGAGGCCAAGCGGGAACCCCUGGGAGCAGACAACGUGCAGCAGGACCAGCUGUGGAGGGAGCUCCUGGAGGCCGAGAGGCGGAGUCAGCGGCGCUGGGCUCAGAAUUGGAGUUUCCUGAAAGACUAUGAUCCCAUGGGCAAUAGGAAGGAGGCUGUGAAGUUGCCGGAGUACGUGCCUCUCUUUUCGGACACGGUCCCCAAUUCCACGAACCAGGCUGUGGGCAGCAGGGUGGACACACCCCUGGGGAAAACCCUCAUCGGCAUGGACUUCUUCUUUGUGGAAGGUGUCCGGAAGAAGAAGCUGGAAGAUGAGCUGCAGCCCGUCUAGGAGGAGGAGGGCCCAGCGGCGGCCCCAGGUGUGCAAGGAGCUGGGGGUCGGUGAUCUUGGCUGGCGCAGCGGGAUUUGACUCCAAGCUUCAGGUUGUGUCCAAUUCUGUCCACAUGUCUCUUGUUUUCUUGGACUGACAGCUUCCUGGGGGCCUUUUCUUCCCCUGGCACAUCACCAGAGCCCAAGAGCCGAAUCAAACCACGCAAGGCUUCUUCGUGCACCGCAUCUGCUAGCCUUCUGUUGGUCAAACAAGUUGCAGGACCAAUCCUCCCCCACCAGGGCAAGAAAGCAUUCUUCGCCCACAAUGGGAGGUUCAGAGGGCAAAUAUUGGCUGAGUAACGGAUCCCAACUAUAAUGCAGAGGAUCUGACCAAUUCCACAAGUAGCCCUGGACAACAGUUUUCCGUAAAAUGCUUAAAAGCAUCUGAAAUAGGGCUCUGGGUCUCCCGCUGCGUGCAGAUGAUGCCCUUGAACUGAAAGGGUCCAGACCUGGCCCUGUGCAGACUUGGGCAAGCCCUCCUCUAGCCAGGCGCCUGCUCCUGCUCCAGCUUGUUCUGACCCUACGGUGGGCCGCAGCCUCAGGAGCUCUCAGCCUGCAGGAGCUUGGACACUAGCUGCAGACCAAUGUCCACCUGUGGGAGAUGAGAGGACAGAUCCCCCAGCUAGGGACUCAGGGAGGAAGUCCUCCUGUAGAAGGGGAUCAUGGAGCUGGUCCUCAAGAAAAAGGCAGGGAGCUGAGAGGGGAGGGCAGUUCUGCUGGACAGGUGGACAGAGCGAGGAAGGGCGCCAAGGCAGGGGAGCAGCCAGCAGACUUGCCCUGGGCAGAGAGCCCCCGGGCCCAGCCUCUUUCUGCACGCUGCAGCCCACCUGCCUGUCCACGCUCCUCUGCGUGCGUCAUCAUCGUGGGAGACCCCUCCUCACAACCAGCCAGCUGUAUCCUCCGCUCCCUGCCACACCUGCCCUCCUUUCAAGAGGAUGCCUGCUCCUUACCUUCCCACGUGGUGGCCACGUCACCCACUAGGAGCCAAGGAACUCAGAACCAAGGGGCAUCCGAACCAGAACCCCAACACCAGCCUCGCGAGUCAUUUGGGCCAGAACAAAGGAGGCUGGAUGGACCAGGACAGGAAGUGGGCACCAAGCCUGCAGGCUCAGCACCAGCAAAGGCAAAAGGAGCAAUACGAACAGAGGCGGGCAUCUCAGAGCCAGCAGGCUGGGAAGCGGAGGCCCGGGAGGCACCGGAAUCCGGCUGAUGAGCCGUCAGAAAGCCUCAGGAUUCUUUCUUCACUUUUUAUCACUGCUUCUCUGAGCACCUCUGCCUCACUCUCCUCCCUGUGACAGAACCGGCCUCUGUGCUUCCAUGUGACACAGAAUGACCACCGUCCAGGGAACAUGCGAGGUGAGCCCGCAGCUCCUUCCUGUGCCCGGAAGUGAGGAGGUGUUUAAAACAGCGUGGGGAAGUGUCGAAGGGACAUUAAAAGCCCACCUGAAGGGGCUCCUACGGGCCAAAUUUGGGAAAAUAUGAGCACCAAAUGAUGCUCCCCCCUGGCUGCACCGAUGAUAACAGAGUCCCGGCGCUUCUGGGGCAAAGCCAGGGCCCAGAGCUCCCCUCAAAGAAGAAGAAAGAAUCCAGGUGUUCAUACCAAUAACUUUAAAAAAUUUUAAUUAGAGGAGGAAAAGGUCUUCUCCAUUGAAGAAUACAGAAUAAAUGAUAAACAGAAAAUUGCCGUUUUAUAACUGCCAUUUUAUAACUAACCAAUUUAGGCCAAGAAACAAUAAAAGACACCGAAACCACCGAGUGAAAGAUUCUUGGGGAGCAGAAAAUGGUGAAAUCUGGAAGAUUUCACGUUAACCGAAUUAUUAUUACACUUAACCUCACCAGUAAAGGACAGCUGACAUCACUGUUGUCCUGCUGUGCCCCUGACGUCAGGGGCCUCCUGCUGUGGCCCAGAGGAGGAGCACUCACCAGGAGCACUCCGCCCAUCGCACACAGUCUGAGCGUGAUCACGAAGAAACAUCAGGCAACGCGGGCUGACGGCAUUCUGCUGAAGAGCCAGCCUCCUUCAGAACACCAGUGUCACGAAAGACAAAGGACAGGACAGCUGAGGGCGGAAUCCGGAUUAAAUGCGACACAGAGCACGGUCAUGACCAGCUCCCGCAUCACAGCAAAAGUAGCUCUAAAGAACACUUUGCAGACUAAAUACUAGACAGCAGACUAAACAUUAGACAAUAGCAUUGUAUCGAUGUUAAAUUCACGCAGCGGGAUCCCUAUAUUGAGGUUACGUACGAGAACGCCCUUGUUCUUAAGAGAUAGAUGCUGGAGUGUUCGGGGGUAAAGCGUCGCAUGUCUAUCACUAACUUGCAAAUGGUUUAACAACAACAAAGUGUGUGCAGUGUGUAGAUAGAGAUAAAGCAAAGGUGAAUAAAAAUGUUAACAAUUGACAGAGUUAAGGGAGGAGCACACGGGUCUUCACUGAACUGGUCCUGCACCCUCUCUAUAGGUUCGGGAACCUGUAAGACGCUGGGGAGGAGGGGAGGGGCCCCUGAGUGCCAGCCCCUGGGCUGAAGAGCCAGGGUGGUGUUGGAAUCAGUCAGUGCUCAAUUCCAAGUUCCUGGAAGGCACUGGGUGGCCAGCUGCAGUCAGGGAGCCUCUGCUCCACUCCGCUGCGGCCUGAAGAGUUGGGUGAGGCUCGUGUGACGACAGGCUGGGUUCCCUGUAAGCAUGCAGAUGGGGAGGAGUCAGAGCUCCUUCAGAUGGGGACGCUCGGUAUGGGUUGGAAAGAUACCCCAGUAGAUACCUGCUGCCGAAACCCUGGUCCUGGCACUGCCCACACCUCCUGAGGAUGCAGAGGAGCCCCAAAGGUCAGCCGUCUGAUCAGAAAAGCCAACAUGCUAUUGGGAUGGCCCAGUUGGGACAUGGGGGCUGGGACUCGCACACCUUGCUUCAGGGGCCAUCCCCGACUCCGCCCGGGGCAACCCGCCUCCUGCAGCUUCGGGAGCAAAGCCAGUGGCCACAAAACCCGAAAACAUUUUGCAAGUUUGCACUUGGUAGGGAGCUACCACUUAUUGAGCACCUACUGUGUACCUCUCAAUAACCUCAUGAGGUGGGUGUGAUUAUCCCCAUUCUAGAAUGCAGAAACUGAGGCCUAGCGAAGUUAAGGGCUUGCCCAAGAUCAUGCGGCCUGCCAGGGCCAUGCUGGGAGGACAGCGGUGGUUUGCAUGACACCCGAGUCCCAGAUCAGUCACAUCCGGGGCUUUGGGCACAGCAGCCAGUGCAGGGACAGCUCACAGCCAGGUAGAAAUCCUCUUCCUACACCCCUACCUCGGCCGGCAGACCUGCAGAGCAGGUAGCUUCUGUCCUUGUCCCAGUCAGUGUGUGCUCUGCCCACAGGAGUCUCGCGGGCAGCGGGAUGGUACAGGUAGGCCAGGCCCCAGGCAGCAGCAGCUCUCUACGGCUGGGGUCAGGCCCAGGGCCUGGAUACCCCCAGGAUAAACAGAGCCCCAGACGGGAAGGGAAGAGAGGAAGCCACCGCCACAUGGCAGGACCAGGAACUUCCAACCACGACCACCUGGAAAUGGCACCAGGCUCCUUGCUGUCACGGAUUAGUGGAAUGACAUAAUGAAAGAACACCUGACACAGAGCAGGCACUCAACAGAUUCUAGAUAUUUCUGUAGUUGCCACUGCUACUGUCGAUAAGCCUUCGAUGCUCGUCAGAAAGCUCUUUACUUCCCUAUUUUAUUUUCCUAUGAGCAGUAACUGUUCACUGAUGAGUGAUCUAACCAGGGCAGAGGCCAGCGCGAUUCUCAUCCCACAAGCAGAAGCAGGAACGGCUUACACCCAAAUUACAGUGUCUGAACGUCAGCUGAGUCCACUGAAACCGUGGGGGCACUUAGUCAACUGUCCAGAUUCCCUCUGCAAAUAAAACCUGAGAUUACA